AUGCGCGGCUGCUGCUCCCACGCCUCGAGUGGUUCGUCCGAGGAGGACCCCACGGCGGCGGGCUCGACCUCGACGAGCCGGGAUUCCCACCGGGGUGGGGCCGACGAGGACGCCCCGGUGAUUUCCUUCCCCGCCAUCGCGGAGGCGUGUGUGGAGUUGGGGCUCUGCUGCCCCGUCACCGGCCGCCCCUGCCCGCGCUGGGAGGCUGCCGAGCUGAAGGCGCGCUACCGCGACCUCGUCCGGGUGAACCACCCCGAUGUCAACGGCGGCGACCACCAAACGAUGGAGCGGAUCAACCUCGCGUACGCGCGGCUGAGCGCGCUCGGGGGGGCCGAGCAGGCGGGCUUCGCGCGGUGGAUCGCGGAGGAGGGCGAGGGCGGCUACGACGGCUACGUCGCGCGGCGGCGGUGGACGACCGCGACGCGCGGCCCACGUCUCUCCGCGGAUACGAUGCAGCUCGUCGGCGCGGGGCUCUCCUUGACGGUGGUGUGGGGCGCGGCGUGGGGGGUCCUCUCCCUUUUUAGCCCCACCCAGGCCACGGGGCCGACCUCGACCUCGACCUCAGCCUCAGGGUCAGGCGCGGGAGAGGGAAAGGGAAAGGGAUCGGCCUCUGGCCCAGCCUCGCUACGCCAACGUGGGCCGGCCUCCGGCUCCGGCCGUGGCCUGUCAUGGGUUGCCACCGCCACGCCCCGGCUCGCGUUGGUGCUGCGCCCCCUGACGCGAAUCGCGAUGGUGUUGUUUUCGAAGUACCUUCGCGGGGUCGUCGCGCUGCUCGCGGUGGGCUCCGUCCUGCGGAACGUGUUCCCACGGGUUGUGGUGUGA